CAUUCAUUCCCUUUGCUUUGCUUUCCUUUCCACUUCACAACAACCACACACGCACAAUUGCACAAUGUCAGACCGCCCACCCUACUCCGAGACGCACGCGCACCCGUCGCACAUCGACAUUCCACCGCAGGCACGCAACGACGUCGUGGCCGAGCAGGUGGUCGACGACGGCGACGACCAGGGACAGCAGCUGGGUAACAGCUCGGAGAGGCCUCCGCCUGCAAGGGGUAUUCUCAAGAACCCGAUCCGUGCGCCGACGGACCCCAAGGACCAGGAGCACCUGACCUGGGACGAGGCGAACAUUGCGCUCACCGAGAUCCAGAAGGACUCGCUCAUGAAGAUUGACGAGCCCAAGACGCCAUAUGUCCGUUAUGACGCCGAGAACGACGUCGUGCUUGGUAUUGGAGAGGUGCCAGACUUCGACCUGAGCCAGGACCGCGGAUCGGCGUGGUCGCUCGACUCGCCCAACAGCCCCACGAACAAGAUCAACCCCGAACUGGUGGAGAACACUCAGCGCAACGCCAGACGCCCUUCGACGGCGACGUCGUCGGGCUCGUCUCGCUCGGCAUCCUUCUCGCUGCCCGACAAGCCGCACCCCGUGUACCCGGGCCAGCCGUCGUCGCCAUCACAGGCGAUCCCGGCGCUCGUCGGCGCGACGUACGCCAACACGUCUGGCAAUGCUACUGGCAACACGUCGGGCAGCGAGGUGUUUGCCGACAGCGAAGACGAGGGCCUGGAUGAGGAGCAGCGUGCCCACAAGCGUGACUUUGAGAAGAAGCGCGCCAUGCACUACGGCCAGGAGGCGGCGCUGGCGCUCAAGCGUGCGCAAGAGAUGGACGAGGACGAGGAUGAGGACGAAGGUGCCGACGAGGUAUCCCCGGUCCCUCCUCUGCCAAAUGGUGCCAACGGCACGCUGUAGAGAGCAAGCAGAAAGUGUCAAGAUGUACAUGUAGAGCUGAGC